AUGGAGGGAAGCAUUGUUGCGAAAGUAAAAAGAAAAUUUGAUUUGCAAAGUGCUUUUGUUGAUAGACGUGCCAAACAGAUAAAGAAGUUUUAUGAAGAGGUUCAAGAGAAGAUUCUUUGUCAGAAUGUUAAGGAUCAAUGGCAAGCCAACAAGCAUAAAAGACCGGCUAAAUUCAAGGAAGGAGAUUUAGUGUGGAUUCAUCUAAGGAAGGAACAGGUUGGAUUGGGUCUCAUUGGUUUUGGCAUCUUUUUCACAUUUCUUGCUGUAAUUCUUUUCUUUGAUAAGGGAUUGCUUGCUCUAGGGAAUAUAUUUUGGCUAACAGGGGUGGCCCUUUUGCUUGGUUGGCAGUCUACUUGGAAGCUCUUUACUAGUAACUACAAGGGUACUGGCUGCUUUGUUCUUGGGCUCUUUUUCUUAUUUGUACGAUGGCCACUAGUUGGAAUGAUCUUGGAAAUCUAUGGCUGCAUCGCUCUCUUUGGUGGGUUUUGGCCAACUGUGAAGGUUUUCCUCUUCCAGAUUCCAGUUGUUGGAUGGAUCAUACAGUAUCCUCUCAUGUGCAAUGCAUUCAGAUCUAAUACAAUCACGAGAAUACAGACAUCUUAUUACAACAUAGAACCCGUUGAUUGACCUACUCUGGCACUGAGUUAAGUUACUGCACAAAAAUGUUUAAUUUUUUAAACUGGUUAGAUAGUGGUUCAACAAUUAAUGAUUGAUUUAUGUUUGUUUCUUGAAACAAGAAAAAAAUUACAUCACGCCCUAUUUGGCUACUGUUUGAAGCCUUGAUGUUUCAUAUAUAUGCACAUAUGUUGACUAACUCAGCAAAGACGAACAUAUGUGUCCAUGCAGACAGAAAAUUAGUUGAGAAAAGUACCUAAGACUUUCAAUUGCGGAAGAUGCAUAUGUAUUUUAUGUUGGUUGCUCUGCCUCCUGGUGAGGACGAGUGUUUGAGAAUGCAAAAUAUUUCACCAGCUAAUAGCUUGUUUCUACUUUUAAUUUCGGUUGCUAUAGAAGUAUUUUCCCUUUUAAAAACUUAUUUAAAAGAAUGAAAAAGAGGUAUAAUCAGUUUUUGUCAUGUCAUAAUCUAGAAAAUCAGUUGAAGUUGAUUUCAGCUAAUGGUUAUCGAAAUUUUCAUAGAAAUUUUCACCAUCUUUUAUUCAUUUAUUUAAUGAUAUUUCUUCAUUGCAACUGCCAAUGAACUCAUCAUAUUAUUAUUGUUGUUGUCGUUGUACCAUGAAACAUCUGUAUGCUUAGGUAUCACAUCACAAAAUUCUGGUUAUAGUUCAAGUACUUAUACUAUGCUAUUUGUG